AUGUCUACAACUCAGUUACGCAAUGGACCAAAAUUUUCCAAGCCAUUGGUGGAUGUCAUCGAACCUUUGCAGUUCCAAUUGAAAGAUUCGGAUACAAUUGCGACUGCUUUCCCAAUAUACUCUUCAGAUGAUGUUCCAUUGACACUACUGCAAUAUAUGCAUAAUGAGUUGAAUCUCGAGAUUGAAGAUGGUAAAACAUAUCCCCAUCUCGAGCAAUUCUCAUGUAAAGAGUUUUCCGAUUACUGGUUUUCAUCGUUCUGCGUUAUUGUCUUGAAAACGAACAAAUUAACCAUUGAUCCAGACCAAAGUGACUGGAGUGAUGUUUUCCAGGGGACUUUCUACAUCAAACCAAAUUAUUUGCCUCGUUGCUCUCACAAUUGCAACGCAGGAUUUCUUGUAAAUCAUAAACAAAGAAAUCAAAGAAUUGGCUAUAGGCUGGCCCAAGUCUACUUGAAAUGGGCGCCUUUAUUAGGUUAUAAAUAUUCAGUUUUCAAUUUGGUGUUUGUCACUAAUAAAGCAAGCUGGAGAAUCUGGGAUCAAUUCAAGUUUGAUAGAGUGGGAAUAAUUCCUGGCGCAGCUGUUCUAAAGAACAUUGAAGAGCCGGUUGAUGCAAUCAUUUUUGGUAAAGAUCUAACCAAAAUCGAGCCUGAGCUAUUUUCUGACUUUCCAUGA